CAACUUCCGCUGGAAAUUCAGUAAAAUUCUUCGAAAUAAUAUCGAAAAUGUUCAAAAUACCCAGGGCACCGGAUGCCCUGCCGCGUCAACCAUCUUUGCGCAAAUUCUUGUACAUACAAAAAAUAUGCUUUGCCGGCAUUGGCUUCGAUCCAACAUCGGUGAAGAGGACCAUUUUCAGUCCAUGGUUAACUUUCAUACCAUUGUUCAGCAUUUUGGGUCUACUUGCACCCAUGGGUGUGUAUGCGUUUAAAUAUAUAAAAAUUGAUUUGGCCAAAACCACAGCAGCCCUAUCGCCAUUUUGGCAGUCGUUGUUGUCGUCUGUCAAGUUUUUCGUUUUUAUGUUGAAUCGGAAGAAAAUCGUGGAGUCGGUGCGGAAAGUGUGGCUCUGGACAUUGGAGGCCAACGAAGAGGAGGUGGAAAUUAUUGCCGAGGAAAAUAGAUACGAUGCCAGGAUUUCUAAGUUUUAUUUUACCAGCGUCUAUGUGACUGGAGUCUUGGCUGUUCUGGCGCCAUUGGCAAUUGCUUCCGUUUAUGCUUGGCAGGGUUAUGGUUUCUUGGAGUCAUUGGAUGCACCUCUGAAGGCUGAAUAUUUCUUCAACAUCAGGGGUUCAUAUGCAGCCUAUAUCUUUUGCUACGUUUGGAACUGCGUUGGCAUCUAUUAUGUACUGCAUGGGGCCUUAUCCAUUGAUACCCUGUAUUCAUGGUUUGUGCACAACAUUUCGGCACAAUUUCGUAUUUUAAAUUUACGCUACCGCCAAUUGUCAGAGAGGACAAUGAUGCUCAGGGCCAUUGGGGAACAUAACGAAGAGAAGUUCAUUGCUACCAUCAUUGAAUGUGUAAAAUAUCAUCGACGUAUCAUUCAAAUGGCCGAACGUUUCAACGAUGUCUACAAAGGUUUGGUUUUCAUCAAAUUUUUGAUUAGCUGUCUUCAGUUGGCAUGUCUGUCAUUUCAAAUACCUUCGGGUGGAGAAAUUGCCGAUCUUUUGUUUAGCUUAUCGUUUCUUAUAUCAGUGACCACUCAGCUGAUGUUGUACUGUCAUGGAGGGCAGAAGAUUCAGGAUAUGAGCACUUCUGUCAGCUUGGCCAUCUAUGAACAUUUCCAAUGGCAUGACUUGAGCGUAAAAUCGAAGAAGUUACUCCUGUUAACCAUGCUUAGAGCCCAGAAACCGUGUUAUGUUCGAGGAAUUUUCUUCACCACUGAUUUGAGUUUGUUUGUGUGGGUAUACAGAACUGCCGGAUCAUUUAUGACAAUGCUUAUAACAAUGGAUGGAAAGAAAUAAAUAUAUAACUAUAUUCGCACAAAAUACCAGACACAAAAUACCAGUCAUUGGCUACUUCAAAUAAAAAUAAAUGUCUCGGUUAAAAUUUCAGAUUCUAGAA